CAACCUCAACAUUUGGGUGUUUUUUUUCUCUCUCUCAUAUAAAUUGGCUGUAUGUAAGAAAGCGUAUCUGUUCUGACAAAAGAGCUACAGUUUAAUCAACUCAAGAAAGGAUUUUCAAUCGUUUUGGUUUCAACAAAGGAAUUGAUUGAUUAGUGGGUUUUUUCACGGGAGUAUUUUUCUCAUCUGAUCUUUACAAUGGAGAAGCAAUUUUUCACUUUAAGCAUCAUCGCCGGUGCCAUAUUGGCAUUGCUUAUCGUGGGAUCGACAGCUCAAUCAUCUACUACACCUAUUGCACCGACAACUACAACCAUUACACCGACAACUACAACCACUACAGCGACAACAACUACACCUAUAGGGCCAUCAACAACUCCAUUUACAGGGACAUCAAUAACUACAUCUAGAGGGACACCCACGAGUACACCUACAGUGCCAUCAACAACUACACCUACAGGGACAUCAACAACUACACCUACAGUGCCAUCAACAACUACACCUACAGGGACAUCAACAACUACAACUACAGAGACAUCAACAACUACACCUACAGUGCCAUCAACAGCUACACCUACAGGGACAUCAACAACUACACCUUCAGGGACAUCAAUAACUACAUCUAGAGGGACACUGACGAGUACAUCUGCAGGGCCAUCAACAACUACACCUUCAGGGACAUCAACAACUACACCUACAGUGCCAUCAACAACUACACCUUCAGGGACAUCAACAACUACAUCUUCAGGGACAUCAACAACUACACCUACAGGGACAUCAACAACUACACCUACAGGGACAUCAAUAACUACAUCUAGAGGGACACCGACGAGUACAUCUGCAGGGCCAUCAACAACUACACCUUCAGGGACAUCAACAACUACACCUACAGGGACAUCAACAACUACACCUAUAGGGACAUCAAUAACUACAUCUAGAGGGACACCGACGAGUACAUCUGCAGGGCCAUCAACUACUCCAUUUACAGGGACAUCAAUAACUACAUCUAAAGGGACACCGACGAGUACAUUCCCAGGGCCAUCAACAACUCCAUUUACAGGGACAUCAAUAACUACAUCUAGAGGGACACCGACAAGUACAUCUGUAGGGCCAUCAACAACUCAAUUUACAGGGACAUCAAUAACUACAUCUAGAGGGACACCGACGAGUACAUCUGCAGGGCCAUCAACAACUCCAUUUACAGGGACAUCAAUAACUACAUCUAGAGGGACACCGACGAGUACAUCUCCAGGGCCAUCAACAACUCCAUUUACAGGGACAUCAAUAACUACAUCUAGAGGGACACCAACAAGUACAUCUGUAGGGCCAUCAAUAACUCCAUUUACAGGGACAUCAACAACUACAUCUAGAGGGACACCGACGAGUACAUCUGCAGGGCCAUCAACAACUCCAUUUACAGGGACAUCAAUAACUACAUCUAGAGGGACACCGACGAGUACAUCUGCAGGGCCAUCAACAACUCCAUUUACAGGGACAUCAAUAACUACAUCUAGAGGGACACCGACAAGUACAUCUGCAGGGCCAUCAACAACUCCAUUUACAGGGACAUCAAUAACUACAUCUAAAGGGACACCGACGAGUACAUCUGCAGGGCCAUCAACAACUCCAUUUACAGGGACAUCAACAACUACAUCUAGAGGGACACCGACGAGUACAUCUGCAGGGCCAUCAACAACUCCAUUUACAGGGACAUCAACAACUACAUCUAGAGGGACACCGACGAGUACAUCUGCAGGGCCAUCAACAACUCCAUUUACAGGGACAUCAACAACUACAUCUAGAGGGACACCGACGAGUACAUCUGCAGGGCCAUCAACAACUCAAUUUACAGGGACAUCAACAACUACAUCUAGAGGGACACCGACGAGUACAUCUGCAGGGCCAUCAACAACUACAUCUACAGGGCCAUCAAUAACUACAUCUAGAGGGACACCGACGAGUACAUCUCCAGGGCCAUCAACAACUCCAUUUACAGGGACAUCAACAACUACAUCUAGAGGGACACCGGCGAGUACAUCUCCAGGGCCAUCAACAACUACAUCUACAGGGCCAUCAAUAACUACAUCUAGAGGGCCAUCAACAACUACUUCUACAGGGCCAUCAACAACUACAUCUACAGGGACAACGGGGACAACAGAGUCACAAGGAACAACAGCAUCGGUUCAAGAAAGUACUCCUCAGGCAACGACACCACAUUGCCCGGAUGAAGACGCGUAUUACUGGUACAACGAUGACUGCUCGAGGAUCUCCAAGGUAGCGGUGAUCGUAGGGGUCACGGUCCCAGCGGCUGUCCUGCUCAUAGUCGGCGCAUCCCUGCUGGUGUGGCGCCACUUCCGAAAAUCAUCGGCGGUGGAUGACAGUUACGCGAUGUACAACUUCCACCGUGAUAGCUCUUAUGAAAACAAUGUGGAUGUUUACAACGUACGAAAACUUGAUUUGGACCAAAUUGACACCAACACACCAGUGAUACUCAAAAGGCCCGAAAUUAUAUAAGCCAUGAAGAAGAACUUAGCGCACUUCUGUGAUGUUCACUGUCCACAUGGACACACGCCUUUGGUGAUCUUAACAAGAAUCUCAAUGGGUUUCCAUGUGCAACAAAAAAGCCAGAUGCAUGUAAAUCAAAAAUAUAAGAAUGUAAAAUGUAGGAGGUGGCUGGGUUGCUCAGAGAUCAGAGUGGUGAGCGAGCACCGCUGAUAUCCUGGAUUCAAAUCUAGGAUUGGGUUUGCAAGUAAUGUAUUAGUUUUUUCAGUUUUUUCAGUUUCAUUUAUUAGGUAUAGCCCUGUGAGCCAUUCGGCUCUUGAAUCGGGUGCAACCGCAACAAACAAAAAACAAAAACAUGAACAAGAAAACAUCUUAAAGUGACUAUUUGACUAUGUGAGUUGAUGGUCUCAACCUGAUAACUAAUGAAUGCGUCUAAACAAUAUGUAAUAUUAUUUUACAUGUUUCAAUGGGCUAAAAUUUUAGCUCUGAAUAUAAAAUAAUUGUAUUGACUGCCUUACACCGAAUAUUAUUCCCUGUAACAUGACAGGUGUGAAAAUUCAUUUCCCUAAUGUGUGGGCUCAGAGGUCACAUGUAGGGAUCUCAGAAGUUAUUCUGUGAUAUCCUCUUCUGUGGGACAUUCUUUAACAAUUCUUCAUCUACUCAUCGUGCGCUGGUAGCAUGUUUGGGAUGACAUUGUUGGGGAAGAAAAAUCAUGAACAGCUUUGAGUGAAAAAAUUGCACUAUAUGAAUACAAAAAAAAAAUCUAUUUGCAUAUAUAUAUUUUAAUCCAAACAAUAUAGUACCUAAUCAAAUACAGUUAGGUUAACCAUAGCACAAUCCCUUUUUUAAUUAAAUAUUUUCUGAGUGAAAUUAGCACAGCAUAUAUAAACAAUAACGCACACUUAAUUAAAAUGGAGGUCAUAUGUCUAAAACAAUUAAUUUCUUAUGAAUUGACGUUUGGUACUUCUCAUAAUUAGUUUUACAGAAUAUAGACUGCAUACUGUGUUUCAUGUAAUUUGCUUGUACGAAAAAUGUAUAAAGUACUGAAUGUAUGUCCUUUAUGUAAAAUAAAGUUGCAUUUUUUAAAAUAAAUGGCACUGAACAUGUUGAA